AUGGAAACCAUCAAGUCCGUACUCUACAGCUACCCGCCACCACCCCCACGAACACGCACAAGACCCUUCCGGGUGAUCUGCGUCGGCCUUCCCCGAUCCGCAACUGAAAGCCUCAGCCAUGCGCUGGAAAAGCUCGGUCUUCGGCCCUACCACGGCUGGAAUCUUGUGUUCGACUCACCCGAGUACAUCGAGCAGUGGGCACGUCUCGCGAAGCGCAAAUACGCCGGUGACCCAGAUGGAGACGUGCACAUCUCGAAGGCGGAAUUCGACGCCCUGAUUGGCGACCAUGACGCGGUGUUGGAUUCUGUUCCGGCCAUGUUUGCGGCGGAAUUAAUCGAGGCGUAUCCGGAAGCGAAAGUGAUCUUGAAUACGCGACGAGACCUGGAUGCCUGGCAUAAGAGUAUCAUGAAGACGAUCGUGGGAAUUGAGGAUAGCUGGUUCCAAUGGCUGAUCAAGGUGUUUAAUGCGGAUAUGUUUUGGGUGUGGGAGGUGUAUUUCACGUAUGCGUAUUGCGGGUUGUUUCGGAGCCCGGUGAAGCAGUCUUCCAGGGACGGAAUUAGUAGGAACGGGAAGUGGGUGUAUCGCGAUCAUUGCAAUAUGGUUCGGGGGAUGGUGGAGAAGCAGAGGUUGUUGGAGUGGGCCGUCGAGGAUGGAUGGCGGCCAUUGUGUGAGUUCCUGGGCGAAGAGGUCCCGGAUGAGCCGUUUCCGAGGGGAAAUGACCCGGCUGCGUUUGAUGAAAUGGCGGCCAAGAGAGUAAAGCCGCGCAUCGGGGGAGCUUUGUGUAAUAUGGCCAUUACUGCCAUUUCCGUUAGCGUCGUGGCCACUUUGGUAGGGGUUUCUGUUAAAGAAAGGGGGGUGCCCUGGAAGACGAUCGGGGGGAUAUCAAGCACGGUGUUCGCCGACCUCCAAGAGAAUGUUGGCGGUGGCCGCUCCGGGGCACGUGACCGCGCCUCUUACUUCAGUUUGCGGUCUCAGGCCAGUUAA